AUGGGUUCCAGAAUUUUAAUUUUCCUAGGUCUUGUAUUCGCAGUUGUGCUUUUCAUUUCUUCCGAAGUGUCCGCUAGAGACCUUGCAGCACAGACUUCCACCAACAACAAAAUUGAAGAGGCCAAUGGAUUGAAUGAAUCAAAAUAUGGUGAAUCUGGUGAAUCUGGUGGAGGAUAUAAUGGCGGUCGAGGUGGAUACAAUGGUGGUCAAGGUGGUUAUAAUGGUGGCAGAGGUGGCUACCCUGGCCAUGGUGGUGGCGGAGGCAGCCAUCCUAGCCAUGGUGGAGGAGGCUAUCCCGGCCGUGGUGGUGGCGGCGGUUGCUACUAUGGUUGUUGUAGGCGUAGCUACCAUGGAAGAGGCUACUCAAGGUGCUGUUCCUAUGCUGGUGAAGCUGUUGAUGCUGAGCCUGAAGCCAAACCUCACAACUAAAAGAGUGCUCUUGG